AUGAGCUUAUAUUCUUCAAUUGAUGAGAAGGAGUUUUGGUUAAAAUCAAAAUCCUUGUUACCUUACGGCGGAGUCUUCACUCCAGCCAUAAUUACGAAAGCAAAAGGGGUAUAUAUUUAUACCCAUGAUGGGAAGCGUAUAUUGGACUUUACAUCCGGACAAAUGUCAUGUUUACUUGGUCACGGUCACCCAGAAAUUUCUAAAACGAUUACAGAGCAUGCUUUUAAUUUGGACCAUCUUUUCAGUGGCAUGAUUUGUCCCCCAGUCGUAAACUUGGCGCAUAUGUUGACAGGAAUUCUACCUGACGGGUUAGAUAAGGCAAUGUUUCUAAGUACAGGAGGUGAAGCUAAUGAGGCGGCGAUCAAGCUAGCAAAAAUAUGUACUGGAAAUUUUGAAGUUGUUGGGUUGUCCUUGUCGUGGCAUGGUAUGACUGGUGCCUCUAAUGCCACAACCUAUCAAUCAGGUAGAUCAGGACAAGGUCCAAUGAUACCAGGAAACUUAGUGCUUCCAGCUCCUAAUGGUUACAGAUCAAUUUUUCGGAAACCUGAUGGAUCCUACGACUGGGAAACUGAAUUGGAUUACGGAUGGUCCUUGAUCGAUAGUGCUUCCGUUGGAUCUUUGGCUGCGGUCAUAGUUGAGCCUAUUUUGAGUUCUGGUGGUAUGUUAGUUUUACCUGAUGGAUAUCUUAGAGCUAUGAAAAAACAUUGUGAGAAAAGAGGUAUGUUAUUAAUUGUUGAUGAAGCUCAAACAGCUUUAGGGCGUUGUGGAUCGAUGUUUGCAUUUGGAGACUCGGGUGUUAUACCAGAUAUAUUAUCAUUGAGCAAAACUUUGGGUAAUGGAAUACCCCUUUCGGCUAUUGUCACGUCAGAACAACUUUCGGAAAGAGGGAAUAAGAAAGGGUUUUUGUUUUAUACUACCCAUGUCAACGACCCCCUUCCCGCCGCGGUUGGACUAAAAGUUUUAGAAGUUAUUAUCAGAGACAACUUAGUUGAUAAGGCAAGAAUUAUGGGAAAUAUAUUUAAAUCAGAAUUAGAUAAGUUUAAACAGGAGUAUAAUUUUAUAGGAGACAUUAGAGGGAAGGGUCUUAUGGUUGGAAUUGAGAUAGUUAAAAACCGACAAACAAAAGAAUCAGACCCCGAUUUGGCGAAAGUUUUGGCGGAUAAAAUGAUGGAGCUUGGUCUAUCCGCAAAUCUUAUAGCCGUUGCUUCUUUUGGUGGAAUCUUUAGAAUUGCUCCACCUAUUACAAUAACAGAGGAGGAGCUUAGACAUGGAUUAUCAAUUAUGAAUGAUGCUUUCAGGGCUAUUCGAAAUCAAUUAUAG